GCGUGAACAAUUGAUUGCAUACAUAAUAGUUAUAUCGAGGCUGUACAACACAACGUUUCUAAUGAAAAUACGUUGCAAUUGAUUAUUUCCUACGUACACACAUCGAACUUAGUCUUUAAUCGAAAUGCACGCUGGUUUAAUGCUGAUUGCUAUUUCUUUAUUCACAAUUGUAAAUGCAAUGCCCCUGAAUGAUGAUAUGCUAUUAUUUUGGAGAACAAACAACGGUGAGAAAUGCAAACCUUUCACUACUUACUUCAUAGGCUGCAAUAAAUGCGUUUGCAGCGCUGAUGGGACAGACUACUGCACUAGAAUGCCUUGUUUUAAGACUACCAAUUCACUAUACGUUUCAGAGGAAUCAAUGGAAAAUGAAAUGCAUCCUCUAAAGCCAUCGAUAGAAAAACAUAGAGUCUCAUCACAUCACAAAGGAAAAGGAAACUUCGUAUAAAACCAAUCGUUACCUUAUUUAUUAUCUUCAUGAAAUCAAUGUGCUCAAUUAAUAAGAAUACUAUUUAAUAAAUAAUAUAUAAUUACGUU